UACGGCAUUAGCGAACCAGCUUCACACAAUAUAAAUUAAAAUCGUUUUUAUAUAAAAACCAAUUACUCUCUAAAAUUUUUUCUUUUCUCUCUUAUCCUCUCUAACGAUUCUCUAAAGAUUAGCAUUAACGAAAUUUUGAAACAAUUAAAUCAGGGGGGCCAGCUUCGUACAACUAUUAAUCUGCCAGGGUCUUUCCAAUCGAAAAGCGCCGAAAAAGAAAAAGACGUUUCACAUCGCAUAACCUCAAAAUAGUGAAAAUAAAUAGACAAUAGUUUACUUUGUGCUAGAAAUUCAAUAAUUUAAAAAUAAGAUGAAUCUAAAAGAAUAUAAUGAUAUAGUUUCGACCAUAAAAAAUUUCAAAGGACUUACUAUUAAUUGUUUAAAAAAACUAGUUACCGAAUUUCCAAGUCAAAGCUAUGAUACUUUAUAUAGUAUCCUCCAAUUUGAAUUUCAAAAAAGAAUGAAAAUCAAUCACCCAAAAACUCAAAGUAACAAACAAAUAUUUUGGGACAGCUACCAAGAAUCUGUAGCACAGGAAGAACCAUCUGGAAUAAUAGUAAGAAUCGCUGAAAAAUUUGAUGUUGCUCCGUGUUUAGUAGCUAAAAUAAUCUUAAAUAAACAUUUUGAACAGAUGGGUAAUGAACAAACUGAUAUUGCUUGUAAUAUUAAUAUUUAUAUGAGAGAUACUGCUCUAAUAACGGACCCAAAAUUAGCAUAUGAAGUAUUUUUGUGCACUUUAUAUGAUAACGUAUACAGCCCAAUAACAGAUGUUAUGAAAAGUUCUUUAGGACAACAGUAUGAAAUAAAAUUGUAUAGAGAAGCCACACAGUUGGGAUUAGGUUUUAGAGACGAAGAGCAACUUAGAAAACAUGGUUAUGACAAAACUCCAGAUUGUAAAUUAGAAGUUCCAAUUUCAAUAAAUGGAUUUGUAAUCAAUUGGAUAGAGAGUAAAGCGUUAUUUGGUGACCCGGAAAUUCACAAAGAGUAUAUGAAAAAUCAAUAUCUCAGUUACUGGAACAGGUUUGGACCAGGUUUAGUAAUAUACUGGUUUGGUUUCCUUGAUACAAUACUAAAAACGAAUGACAAAAGAUACAUAAUUAGAGAUCAUCUACCAAAGAAUUUCGUUCAAAUACCACCUCCAAAUUUUGAUCUGUGAAUUAUUAAUUAAGCUCAAUAAAACAUAGAAAAUUA